AAACACAAGUUCUUUCAUUUUCACCAACUUGCGCACUUGGAUUCAGACGGUCUGUUCGUCAGCAGGAGCUUUGAUUACAGGAUCCAAAACCUGCUCCUCAUGGACAACAAGGAGCUCUACCUGUCCUCACUGGAUAUGUCCUUGAGCCUAUGUACCACCAUCUACCAGAUGGCUGACCAUGCUAAGACCAACAAGAGGAAAUGCCAACAAGUCGCCCAGAGAGUCAAAGGACUGGAAGGACUGCUUUUCACCAUAAAAAAAAAAGAGCAGGGCAGAAUCUCUGAGACUGUGGAGAACGUUCUGAAGGAACUCUGCAGCACUCUGACAUCUGCCAAGACGCUGAUGGAGAAAGUCUCCCAAUAUAAUUCUCUUUCCACUUUGACGAAGCCCAAGAUCGAUGUCGACAAGUUCUCCAAUGUGGACGAAAGGCUGGUUGAUAACUUCCGGGCACUGUCUGGGUUUUUUCUUAUUGACCAGGGCAAGAACCCGGGUACCAUGUCCCCAAUGGGCCCCUCAGCCCAAAUGACUCAAGCCAACGCCAUGCCCCCCAUGAUGUAUGGCCCCUCAGCCCAAAUGACUCAACCCAACGCCAUGCCCCCCAUGAUGUAUGGCCCCUCAGACCAAAUGACUCAACCCAACGCCAUGCCCCCCAUGAUGUAUGGCCCCUCAGCCCAAAUGACUCAACCCAACGCCAUGCCCCCCAUGAUGUAUGGCCCCUCAGCCCAAAUGACUCAACCCAACGCCAUGCCCCCCAUGAUGUAUGGCCCCUCAGCCCAAAUGACUCAACCCAACGCCAUGCCCCCCAUGAUGUAUGGCCCCUCAGCCCAAAUGACUCAACCCAACGCCAUGCCCCCCAUGAUGUAUGACCCCUCAGCCCAAAUGCCUCAACCCAACGCCAUGCCCCCCAUGAUGUAUGGCCCCUCAGCCCAAAUGCCUCAACCCAGCACCAUGCCCUACAUGACAAUGUAUAACCCAGCAACCCCUUUUCCUUCACAGAGCACCAUGCCCACUUUGACAAUGCCUUACCCCACAACUCCCUCGCCUUUCAGCAGCGUUAUGCCCUCCAUGGGAAUGUCUAACUCCAUUUCCCCCUUGUCCUCCAUCCCUUUCUCCACCCUAACAGACCAUAAUUCGGACGUGGGCAUGAUGGCCCCAAUGAAUGUUUCAAGACAAACUACACCUGCGGUACCAAACUAUGGGUUUUCACUGAGGUGAGGUCUUCUCAGUAACAACUAAAACCAGAAGUGGAGAAGUAAAAAUCCUCCACAUACUCUUGUCACAGUGCAGGGAAGCACAUUGCUAUCACCAGAAACGCAAUUUGUGCGGAUCAUUAUCUGUAACCAGUGUAGCAUUGUAGCAUUGGGGAACUAGCUAGCUUGCUAGUGGAGUAGCAGCCCCUCUGCCCCACUCCCCACUGCUCCGGAGAAAGACAAGCUAACUAGCAUGCCAUCCGUCUCCGGAGCAGCGUACGCUCUCUUCCCAUCAACACUUUUCAGGACACUAGUACUAGAAAAAUGAUCACAACAAACUGUUCAAUGUCCAUUCUACUCCUUUUACAUUCCUAUGGCCUAGAAAGCAAAAUGUCAAGAUUAAGUAUCACUGACGUUGAAGGAUCAUUCAACAUUCGUAUGGAAUCAUCAACAGUGACAUCAUAUAUCAGCAAAAAAGUGCCCUUGACGGCAACAACACUGGACAUUUGUGCCAGACUUUUAUUCUCACUUCGAUCUCCAAGACAAAGCCUCGGCCAUCAAGUCCUCUUUGUCUCCAGAGGACCGGCCGCUGUCGGUAUCUACAGCGGAUGUUAGAAAAACCCUGAAGAGAGUGAAUAUGAGUGAAGCUGCUGGACCUGAAAACAUCUCUAGUUGUCUACUAAGAAUUCGCUAACCAAGCGAACGGAUGUCGUCAAUGACAUUUUCAGCAUAUCACCGUCACGGGAGAGACCUGCAGUAUCGAGUCUAAACCACUACCGGCCUGUGGCACUCACACCUGUCUGAACUUACAAACAGACCUUGCACGGAGCCCCCCAGGGCUGUGUGCUCAGCCCCUUCCUGUUGUAAUUAAUCCUCCACCCUCCUCUUAUAAUAUUGUUGUUUUGAAAAUGGGACUGCAAAAUGUAUUUCCCUGUUGCACUGUGACAAUGAAUAACCUUGUGAUGACUAUUAACCAACACAAUUAUGUUAAUUACUGCUUUUGAAGAAGAUUAUUCUUUCUGCAUGUACAGUUCUUUUUCACUACAAGUUUCUUACACCUGCAGUGUGCCUUCAUUGGACAUUUAUUCAGUUUAUUUUACAUGUAUGCACUAUUCAUCAUUAUGAUUGUAUUAUUUCUAAGUGAGGCACUUUAUUACAGUUUCUGUUUUGAUAAUACUCUCAAUUCAAUUCAAUUGUUUUUGUAUAGCCCAGGAUCACAAAUUACAAAUUUGCUUUGCAAUCUGUACACAUACAUAUUUCUUUCAACAUAUUCAGUGGCUUAAAGGAUUUAUAGUACUGAUGGUUUGUAAACAACACCUCAUGAACUAUUUGCAUGGAGAAUAAUAAUGUAUUGUUAAAACAUGUUACAGAGGAGCUUUUUGUUAUUAAA